GAAGGUUCGGGGGAGUCCGAUGCUUUUUGUAUGGUACCAUUUGGACUGGAAACAUGUCAUCCUCCUAUUCGCCCGCGGACGACCUCUCCCCCGUGUUUAGCGGGAUUUGAAUGGCUCACUUCACCGCUUGUUCUCGCUUUGGAUCUAAGACCCUUCAACAAAGCUGUCAAACCGAAGUGACGCUUUCACAGAAAGGAUGGCUGAGAGGCUCUCAGCAUGAAUUCAGGAUCGCACACAGCACACGGAUAAAGAGAACCCGAACCACCGUCAAGGUGUGUAGGCGAGUGAGGCCAUUUUACCCCCCAAGAUGGUGGCCUUGUCACUAAAGAUCUGCGUGCGCCAAUGCAAUGUGGUCAAAACGAUGCAGUUUGAGCCAUCCACGCCUGUGUACGACGCCUGCAGGAUCAUCCGGGAACGUGUCCCAGAAGCUCAGUCCGGACAAGCCUCCGAUUAUGGUCUUUUCCUGUCUGACGAUGAUCCCAGGAAAGGAAUAUGGCUGGAAUCUGGAAGAACCCUGGAUUACUACAUGCUACGAAACGGAGAUAUUUUGGAGUACAAGAAGAAACAAAGACCGCAGAAGAUCAAAAUGCUUGACGGCGCAGUGAAGACCAUCAUGGUGGACGACUCCAAAACGAUCGGGGAGCUUCUUGUUACCAUAUGCAGUCGAAUAGGAAUCACCAACUAUGAGGAGUACUCACUCAUUCAGGAGGUGCCGGAGGACAAGAAGGAGGACGGAAUGGGAACACUGAAAAAAGACAGAACGCUUUUACUGCGAGACGAGAGGAAGAUGGAGAAGCUCAAAGCCAAACUGCAUACAGAUGAUGACUUGAACUGGCUGGACCACAGCAGGACCUUCAGAGAGCAGGGGGUGGAGGAAAGCGAGACGCUGCUACUCAGGCGCAAGUUCUUCUAUUCGGAUCAGAAUGUGGACUCGCGGGACCCCGUCCAGCUCAACCUGCUUUACGUCCAGGCCAGGGAUGACAUAUUGAAUGGAUCCCACCCUGUCUCCUUUGACAAAGCCUGUGAGUUUGCAGGGAUCCAGGCUCAGAUCCAGUUUGGACCCCACGUGGAGCACAAACACAAGCCUGGAUUUCUCGACCUGAAGGAAUUCUUGCCGAAAGAAUACAUCAAGCAAAGAGGGUCAGAGAAAAAAGUAUUCCAAGAUCAUAGAAACUGUGGAGAGAUGACAGAGAUAGAAGCAAAAGUGAAAUAUGUAAAACUGGCCAGAUCAUUGCAAACAUAUGGAGUGUCCUUUUUCCUGGUGAAGGAAAAGAUGAAGGGUAAAAAUAAAUUGGUCCCACGCCUGCUGGGGAUAACCAAAGAGUCUGUGAUGCGAGUAGAUGAGAAGACGAAAGAUGUGGUGCAGGAGUGGCCGCUGACGACGGUCAAAAGAUGGGCCGCCUCCCCUAAGAGCUUCACCCUGGAUUUUGGUGAGUACCAGGAGAGUUAUUACUCUGUCCAAACUACAGAGGGAGAACAAAUAUCCCAACUCAUUGCCGGAUAUAUUGACAUCAUUCUGAAAAAGAAGCAGAGUAAGGAUCGCUUUGGCCUUGAGGGAGAUGAGGAGGCUACCAUGUUGGAGGAAUCUGUUUCCCCUAAGAAGUCCACGAUUUUACAGCAACAGUUCAACCGGGUGGGUCGGGUGGAGCAUGGCUCGGUAGCCCUACCGGGUAUAAUUCGCUCAGGGUCCGCUAGCAACUCUGACACUUUCAAUGUAGGCACCAUGCCCUCUGCCCAACAACAAAUCACCACUGGACAGAUGCACAGAGGACAUAUGCCACCGCUGAAUCUAGCCCAGCAGGCCCUGAUGGGGACAAUCAACAGCAGCAUGAAUGCCGUGCAGCAGGCCCAGGCUGACCUGGGACAUGUCGAUAAUCUGCCUCCUCUUGGCCAUGACCUGGCAUCCAGAGUUUGGGUUCAGAAUAAAGUGGAUGAAUCCAAACAUGAAAUCCACUCUCAGGUUGACGCCAUCACUGCUGGAACGGCAUCUGUGGUCAAUCUCACUGCAGGUGAGCCCACGGAAACUGACUACACGGCGGUUGGUUGCGCCAUCACUACUAUCUCCUCCAACCUGACUGAAAUGUCGAAGGGCGUCAAGCUCCUUGCCGCCUUAAUGGACGAUGAGAUCGGCAGCGGACACAAGCUCAUGGGUGCCGCCAGGAUGCUGGCGGGAGCGGUGUCAGAUCUGCUCAGAGCUGUUGAGCCUGCGGCCGCUGAGUCCAGGCAGACUGUGCUGACUGCAGCAGGAAGUAUCGGACAAGCCAGCGGGGACCUGCUCCGUCACAUGGGGGAAGGGGAGACUGAUGAGAAGUUCCAGGACACCCUGAUGAAUUUGGCCAAGGCAGUGGCCAAUGCAGCUGCCAUGUUGGUUCUGAAGGCCAAGAAUGUGGCCCAGGUGGCCGAGGACACCAUAUUGCAGAACCGCGUGAUUGCGGCCGCCACUCAGUGUGCCCUUUCCACCUCACAGCUGGUAGCCUGCACCAAGGUGGUGAGUCCAACCAUCAGCUCCCCCGUAUGUCAGGAGCAGCUUGUGGAAGCCGGGAAGCUGGUGGACCGCUCUGUGGAAACGUGCGUCAAAGCUUGCCGCUCAGCCAGCGACGAUGGCGACCUGCUGAAGCAGGUCGGCGCAGCGGCCGGCGUGGUGAGCCAGGCCCUCAGCGACCUUCUGCAGCACGUCCGCCACUACGCCAGCUGCGGCGAGCCCAUCGGACGCUAUGACCAGGCCACUGACACCAUCAUGAAUGUCACCGAAAAUAUUUUUACUUCAAUGGGCGAUGCUGGUGAGAUGGUGCGCCAGGCCCGAGUUCUAGCGCAAGCCACCUCUGACUUGGUCAAUGCCAUGCGAUCUGACGCCGAGGCAGAAGUGGAUGUUGACAACUCCAAGAAGCUAUUAGCCGCAGCUAAACUGCUGGCUGACGCUACAGCUAGAAUGGUGGAGGCAGCUAAGGGGGCGGCUGCUUACCCGGAGAAUGAAGACCAGCAGCAGAGGCUCCGAGAAGCAGCUGAGGGUUUGCGUGUCGCCACUAAUGCCGCCGCUCAAAAUGCAAUAAAGAAAAAGCUAGUCAGCAGGCUGGAGGUAGCUGCUAAGCAGGCGGCGGCGGCUGCUACUCAAACAAUUGCAGCUGCGCAAAAUGCCGCGGCUUCCAACAAAAAUACGGUCUCACACCAACAGCUUGUACACAGCUGCAAGGCAGUAGCAGAUGGCAUUCCUCAAUUGGUGCAAGGCAUGAGAAGCAGCCAAGCCCAACCCGAGGAGCUUGGAGCCCAGCUUGCCCUCAUCAUGGCUAGCCAGAGUUUCUUACAGCCUGGAAGUAAAAUGGUGGUGUCCGUGAAGUCGGCCGUUCCGACGGUGGCUGACCAAGCUGCGGCUAUGCAACUGGGACAGUGUGCAAAGAAUCUGGCAACCUGCUUAGCAGAGCUCAGAACAGCCACCCAGAAGGCCCAUGAGGCAUGCGGUCCACUGGAGAUCGACUCAGCCCUCAAAACGGUUCAGGCGCUCAAAUGUGAGCUGCAGGAUGCCAAGAUGUCCGUUAUUGACAGCCAACUCAAACCACUCCCCGGGGAAUCGUUGGAGAAGUGUGCACAGGAUUUGGGAAGCACAUCGAAGGCUGUGGGCUCUUCCAUGGCCCAACUGCUGACUUGUGCUGCUCAAGGCAAUGAACAUUAUACAGGUGUGGCUGCCAGAGAAACGGCGCAGGCAUUAAGGACGUUGGCACAAGCAGCCAGAGGUGUCGCAGCCAGCACUAAAGAGCCUCAGGCCGCAGCUGCAAUGCUAGACUCUGCCCAUUGCGUCAUGGAGGGCUCAUCCAUGCUAAUCCAUGAGGCCCACCAGGCCCUGGUACAUCCAGGAGAUGCGGAAAGUCAGCAGCGACUUGCACAGGUGGCCAAAGCUGUGUCGCACUCGCUGAAUAAUUGUGUGAACUGCCUGCCGGGCCAGAAGGAUGUUGACAUGGCUCUCAGGAGCAUCGGAGAAGCCAGCAAGAAGUUGCUGGUAGAAAUUCUUCCCCCCUGCAGUAAGACGUUGCAGGAAGCUCAGACGGAUCUGAACCAUACAGCGGCUGAGCUCAACCACUCGGCAGGCGAGGUCGUUCACUCCUCCCGUGGAACGAGCAGCCAGCUGGCUGCCGCUUCCGGGAAGUUCAGCCAAGACUUUGAUGAGUUCCUGGAUGCUGGUGUCGAGAUGGCAGGACACACCCAAAGCAGGGAUGAUCAGAUCCAAGUUAUUGGUAAUCUGAAGAACAUCUCAAUGGCAUCCAGUAAGCUUCUGCUGGCCGCCAAGUCUCUGUCUGUCGAUCCCAAUGCAGCCAACGCAAAGAAUCUUCUUGCAGUCGCAGCACGCGCGGUGACAGAGAGUAUCAACCAGCUGAUCACGCUCUGCACACAGCAGGCCGCAGGACAAAGGGAGUGCGACAACGCCUUGAGGGAAUUGGAGGCUGUGAGGGGACUCCUGGAUAAUCCCAGUGAGCCCAUCAAUGAACUGUCCUAUUUUGACUGCAUCGAGAGUGUCAUGGAAAAUUCAAAGAUCCUCGGAGAGUCGAUGGCAGGCAUCUCGCAGCAUUGUAAGACAUGUGACGUGGUGGCUUUUGGGGAGUGUGUCGGUGUGGCGUCCAAGGCCCUCUGUGGGCUGACAGAGGCUGCAGGACAGGCCUCUUAUCUUGUAGGUGUGUCUGAUCCCAAUAGUCAGUCAGGCUAUGAGGGCCUGGUAGACCCCAUCCAGUUUGCACGCGCCCACCAAGCCAUACAGAUGGCUUGUCAGAGCUUAGUGGACCCAAAUAGUAGUCCCUCACAGGUGUUGUCUGCGGCAACGAUUGUAGCGAAGCACACGUCGGCUUUGUGCAAUGCCUGCCGCCUCGCUUCGUCAAAGACCUCCAACCCCGUCGCUCGGCGACAGUUUGUGCAGUCAGCCAAAGAGGUGGCCAACACCACCGCCAACCUGGUCAAGACCAUCAAGGUCAACUCCCCAACUGAUCAAAACGCUUUAGAUGCCGAUUUUUCUGAGGACAGCAGAAACAAAUGUCGAGUUGCCACCGCUCCACUCCUUGAAGCUGUCGAAAACCUGUCUACCUUUGCCAACAACCCUGACUUUGCGAGUAUCCCAGCUCAAAUCAGCAACGAGGGUUCAGUCGCCCAGGAGCCGAUUGUUCGUUCAGCCCGCUCCAUGCUUGAUAGCUCCACUUACCUCUUAGAAACGGCCCGCUCGUUGGUCCUCAACCCCAAGGAUCCCCCCACUUGGUCGAUCCUCGCUGGUCACUCGAGAACGGUUUCUGACUCGAUCAAGAGCCUCAUCACUUCCAUCAGGGACAAGGCACCAGGACAGAAAGAGUGUGAUUACUCUAUAGAUAGCAUCAAUAAAUGUAUCCGCGACAUUGAGCAAGCAUCCCUGGCUGCAGUCGGGCAGACCCUGCCCUGCAGAGAUGAUAUCUCCAUGGAGGCACUGCAGGAACAGCUGACUUCAACCGUGCAGGAGAUUGGGCAUCUGAUUGAUCCCGUCUCCACAGCCGCCCGGGGUGAAGCUGCCCAGCUGGGACACAAGGUGACUCAGCUGGCUAGCUACUUUGAUCCACUUAUUGUGGCAUCAGUCGGCCUGGCCUCCAAACUGCACGACCAUCAGCAACAAAUGACCAUCCUGGACCAGACUAAGACCUUGUCAGAGUCUGCCCUGCAGAUGCUUUACGCUGCCAAGGAAGGUGGCGGCAAUCCAAAGGCGUCCCACACCCACGAUGCAAUCUCCGAAGCAGCCCAGCUGAUGAAAGAGGCCGUGGAUGACAUCAUGGUGACUUUGAAUGAGGCGGCCAGCGAGGGGGGCAUGGUUGGGGGCAUGGUGGAGUCCAUUGCCGAGGCCAUGGGCAGGCUGGAUGAAGGAACACCCCCUGAACCCGAAGGCUCCUUUGUGGACUACCAGACAACGAUGGUGAAGUUCUCCAAGGCCAUUGCCAUCACGGCACAGGAGAUGAUGACUAAAUCAGUGACCUGCCCCGAAGAGCUCGGCGGCCUUGCCUCUCAGGCGACUGUGGACUAUGGGCAGCUUGCACACCAAGGACGCCUCGCUGCAGCCACAGCAGAGCACGAAGAGGUUGGUUUCCAGAUCAGAACACGCGUCCAGGAGCUUGGUCACGGCUGUAUCUACCUGGUCCAGAAAGCUGGAGCCUUGCAGCUCAGCCCCACAGACAGCUUCUCCAAAAGGGAACUCAUCGAGUGUGCACGUGCAGUCACCGAGAAGGUGUCUUUGGUACUGUCAGCGCUGCAGGCGGGAAACAAAGGCACCCAGGCAUGCAUCACAGCAGCAAGUGCCGUUUCGGGCAUCAUCGCUGACCUGGACACGACCAUCAUGUUCGCCUCGGCGGGAACACUGAACCCUGAGAAUGAGGAGUCCUUUGCUGACCACAGGGAAAACAUUUUGAAGACAGCCAAGGCCCUGGUGGAGGACACCAAGCUCCUGGUGGCCGGAGCCGCGUCCAGCCAAGAGAAGUUGGCCCAGGCUGCCCAGUCCUCGGCUAAAACCAUCACCCAGCUCACCGAGGUGGUCAAACUGGGAGCGACGAGCAUGGGCUCUGAGGACCCCGAGACACAGGUGGUUCUGAUCAACGCGGUGCGCGACGUGGCCAAGGCACUGGCUGAACUCAUCAGCGCCACCAAGUGUGCCGCGGGCAAGGCUGCCGACGACCCGUCCAUGUAUCAGCUGAAAGGCGCCGCCAAGGUCAUGGUCACCAACGUGACGUCUCUUCUGAAAACGGUGAAGGCAGUGGAGGAUGAAGCCACUCGCGGGACGAGGGCACUGGAGGCCACCAUUGAGUUCAUCAAGCAGGAGCUGACAGUGUUCCUGUCGAAGGACGUCCCGGACAAGUCCACCACACCUGAGGAGUUUAUCCGCAUGACAAAGGGCAUCACCAUGGCGACGGCCAAAGCCGUGGCAGCGGGCAACUCUGCUCAGCAAGAGGACGUGAUCGCCAUGGCCAACCUGAGCCGCAAAUCAGUUUCUGAUAUGUUGACAGCCUGCAAGAAAGCGGCACACCAUCCAGAAGUGAGCGAGGACGUGAAAAGCAAGGCCCUGCAGUACGGCUCCGAAUGCACCACUGCAUAUGUCCACCUUUUGGAACAAGUCCUACAGGUUUUGCAGAGGCCCACGUCGGAGCAAAAGCAUCAACUGGCAGUCCAUUCGAAGCAGGUGGCGGCAUGUGUGACGGAGCUCAUCCAGACAGCCGAGGCCAUGAAAGGAUCAGAGUGUGUAGACCCCGAGGACCCCACUGUCAUCGCAGAGAGCGAGCUCCUCGGAGCAGCGGCGUCCAUUGAAGCCGCGGCCAAGAAACUCGAGCAGCUGAAGCCCAGAGCCAAGCCCAAGCAGGCUGACGAGACGCUGGAUUUCGAGGAGCAGAUUCUUGAAGCAGCCAAGUCCAUCGCGGCAGCGACCAGCGCUCUUGUCAAGUCUGCAUCAGCAGCCCAGAGAGAGCUGGUGGCACAGGGCAAGGUUGGAUCCAUUUUAGCCAAUGCAGUGGAUGACGGCCAGUGGUCGCAAGGACUCAUAUCGGCUGCCCGCAUGGUUGCCGCGGCCACCAGUAACCUGUGCGAGGCGGCCAACGCGUCCGUGCAGGGCCAUGCCAGCGAGGAGAAGCUCAUCUGUUCAGCCAAGCAGGUGGCGGCCUCCACAGCUCAGCUGCUGGUGGCCUGCAAAGUGAAGGCGGACCAGGAUUCCGAGGCCAUGAAGAGACUACAGGCUGCUGGCAACGCAGUGAAGCGUGCCUCAGACAACCUGGUGAGGGCGGCCCAGAAAGCAGCCUUUGACAAAACAGAGGAUGACAGCGUGGUAGUGAAGACCAAAUUUGUUGGAGGCAUUGCUCAGAUCAUUGCGGCUCAGGAGGAGAUGCUGAGGAAGGAGCGUGAGCUGGAAGAAGCCCGGAAGAAGCUGGCUCAGAUCCGACAGCAGCAAUACAAGUUCUUGCCCACCGAGCUGAGGGAGGACGAGGGUUGAUGGCCUGCCUGGAUUGGAUGCUCUCACGCUGGCGCCGCUGGCUCUCCUCUCAUGUAACCAAGGAUUAUACAGCACUUGAAACAGGCCCGUUUGGUAAGACAACCAAGUGCCUGUGCUUCGUUGUGUAUUUUGUGUGUACGUGUGUGCGGGCGUGUCAGUGACAGUCGCUGGCGUUUCCAUAAUAUAAUGUUGACGUUUGAGACCGUACGAUGAAGCCGUGUACGAAACUUUUUUUUUUCCCUGCGUCGUUCAUGUUAAAAUGAUGACGUGAAGAAAGUUCUAAAUCUUAUCAUUGUUACCGAAUGUUUUAUAGUCAGCGAGCAGAUGAUCGUGGCAGAUUCCAGUUGAGGGUCCAUCGCUACUUUUAAUCUAUUUCAAAGGAUCAAAACAGGGGCAGGAAGGAGAUGAUGUCACCACCGGCUUGCAUGCACCAUCAAAUCUCGACAUAUCACUGAAGCUACUAACCAAUAGAGUAGUCGAGCACUUAUUACAUAUGAUCUAAAAAUGAAAAGUUUUUUUCCAAAACGCGAUAAAUGCCACAUUAAAAAAGAAAAAAAGGGAUUUUGCCGUGCCGUUCUGUUGUGUAGAGGCUCUAUUAUCAUUUGUUCGGACUGAGCCAAUGAAUUGUUUCGACAGGAUAAAUUCAUGAUUGUAAUUGUAUUUUUGUUGUUGUUGUUUGUUUUUCCCAGCAUAAUCCAAAUGGAUUUAUAGCGUUUUGGAAAGAAAUCCUUCCAAUUAGAGGCUUUGCGGCUGCCAGCAAAACUAAAAGAAUAAAAAAUAUAUUUAUUCUUGAACGAUACUUUUUAAAAUAUAUAUAUAGUUUUUCUUACAGAGUGGACCAGAAAGUUGUGUCUUGUGACCAAAAUGAUCUGCCUGCUUCUAACCUCACUCUAGUUUUGAAAAACACAAACUCACAGAGCAGUGCAACAAUAUUGCUGGCAUUUUCUCUCUUUUUUUUCCUUCAUAUUUUUUGCACUGAUAACGAUACAUUAAGUGUUGUGGUGGAACUCAGAAUGUCAAAUUUCGGUCAACUUUUUUCAGAUUUAAUGAUGGACAUAACUAUGGUAAAAGCCUUUUUUCAUAAAACAUAUUUUGAAGUAAGAUUAUGAUACAAGUGUAAAAAUAAGUUAAACAACAGCAAAGUGUAAAUAUGCCACUCAAGAUAGGUGUUCCUCUCCAUUUCGACUUCAGAAGUUUCAUUGCACUUAUUAUGAAAUACGUUCAAACUAUCAGCAAGAUUUGCAAGGCACAAGUAAUUUUAAAGUAUUGAUUAGCAAUAUGUUCUCAUUAGUAAUUUAUUAAGUAGGGAUUAUGACAAUAAAAUAAUAAUAUACUGUAUUGAAAAUGGACUGUUUUCUAGUGAGAGAAAAAAAACUGAGCAAUACGAGCAUUAUGUAAGACCAGUUGCAUGCACAAACUCAUGCGGCAACAUGCUCCCCCCAAAAAUGAAAUGACGAAUCCCCGUAUGCUGAAAGAUGGGCAAUUUGUUGCGCUUUGUCAUGGAAACUCUAUUUUGCCUUCUUCUAAGUCCAUUUCACUUUCCCAACAUUUCAUUUGAGAAAACAAAUCUGAUUCAAAUGAGCUGUAAUUAUGGUGGCUCUUGCUCAAUCCCGUGCAGUUUGCAAGAACAAGCUUUUAUUUCUGAGUCACUGGCAUGUACACGCAACAAGCUUUUAAAUACUUGAAUGAUUAUGAUAUGUUGUGUUUCACUUGGGAAAAUGUUAUCUUUGGACGUACACCACUCACAAAAAGUUCAGGAUAAUUGUCUUUUGAAGUUAUUGCAACUGCCAAAUUCUUGCUUGUUAAGUUUCAUUGCUAUCCGGCAUCGGCUAUUCUGCGGUAGUUUCAGCAAAGCUCCCGAAUGCCAAGGGAACAAGGAAGCACAAGGCUGUUUUGGCUACUGCAAUUGAUUGACAGCUCGUCUGUCAGACCUUCUGUCUCUGAUUGGUUGUUUUUCCUAGGGCGCCACAGGUUAAGAAUCAAAUUAGCGAUAAAAGAUGUUUUUUCUUUCCCUUCCUCAAAUAAUUUUUGACAUGUUCUACUAUUCCUGGCAAUUUUUACAAGUAUGGCCAAAAGUGAAGAUUCCUUGUUUAAAUUUUUGCCGCGGACCACAUUUUCCUUGGAGGGCUGUUAUGCCUGGGAAAGCAUUGAAAGAAGUCAAGAAUAAUGGUUGAUUCAACGAUUGUUUAAGUUACUGUUAUGAGGGAUUUGGUAACAACAAAAUGAUUCCAAUAUCUCUUAUUUAUUAUAUAUGAGGAGUCGAGAGUUUAGCAAUCAUGGUAGAAGUUGACAUGUUUGAUUUGCUUUCGCGGGCCACACAAAAUGAUGUGGCGGCCCAGAUCUGGCCCCCGGGUCUUGAGUUUGACACAAGUGUUUUAAUUGCAACCUUCCCCUUUAUUUUGACAUUCUCUAAAUUGUUGUAAUGCACAUGUUCGAUGUUUCAAUACGUUUUGCACAACAGGUUUGAAUGGAGCAGUAAAUUUCCUGGUGCGGUUAGAAUGAAUAUUUAAGCAGUCUUCUUAAUUGUGCUGUUUACAUUUUGACAUCAUGAGACCAAAAACCAAAAAAAAAUUGAUCAGCAGUACCUCGCCAUUGCACGUCUGUUGUCAAAGGGAAGUGGCCUCUGAGCUUCACCUGUCACAGCAGGUUGCAACAGACAUUCAGAGACUGGAAGAGUCACAGAAAAGCAUAGAAGUGGACAUCCUUGGAAAUGUUCAUGGUUCCAACAGUAAUUUUGCCAUUCAGUUCAUUCGAGAACAGCAAGUUGCGCAAAAAGAACAAAACAUUGAACAUCUGGCCAUUUGAAAAUAUAGAUCCGAUUCAAUUAGGUUCCACCUUGUAAAGUGCACGUCAGGGUUAUCCCGAAAUUUCAUCCCGCAACUUUUUGUGAGUGGUGUGCAUCUUAAUCAUAGAUUGUAGGCCUAUUUGUCAUGUCAAAUAUUUACAUUUAUAAUAAUUGCCGUCACAGUUUCAUAAGGGCACAUAGCAUCAAUAUGUAUCCUCAAUGCUUCAUGUACACCGGCGAGCUGAUGAUGAAGGUCUUGCACUGGGACUGACAGCACGUUUACGCAGGAUCGAAUUAGCCUAUCGGAUGCACUGAAAUGGCUUGAGAAAGCUUCCAUUGUUGCGAAUCUAAGACAUUCCUUCACCCGCUGAAAAAGGUCAGAAACGAAAGCCGCGGUUCAGGAGCCCGGUCGGGUCCGUCUUGGAUGUCGGGAAUUUGCCAGCAGGUUACCUCCUGCGUUGUGUCUUAGUGCCUUACUCGAGUGUGUGGUGCAAGCAGUUGAAGAGGCGUCCUGGUUGGAGCUUGAGCCUUGAGAACAUUUUUUUUGCCAAUCCCCAUCAAGGCCUGAGCCGCAACAUGAGGAGUCCUUUUGCCAUACGAUCCAAUGCCUUGGCUGCCGGUGCUGUACCUGCCUAUAUUGCUAUCGUGGAUACCUUUCGUGGAUAUAAAAACUUUGAUGGAAUACUACCGGCAUUCUUUCAGCAUGUUUGUGUUUGAAGUUAUGAGAAGUUGUUUAAGGAAAAAAAUGGGCUGUUCUUGUUCCCUUCUCUUGUCAUCUAACUAUGUUAAAAUGUCUGUUUUUACCAGUUAAGAAUUACCCUGCCAUGCAGUGCUGAGCAAAGGUCCGAGGCCGACGUUAGCUUUGUCGUUUUAAUGACCGCUGUCAUUGCAUUCGUUUGGGUGCAGCAAAAAAAAGCAAAAACACAAGACUACAUGAUUGCUUUUUUGGGGGUGUUUUUUGUUUGUUUUUUUUUUUUUGCAUAAGGUAAGCAUGGACCAAUCACAAAGUUUGAGAUGAAAACCUAUUUUUUUGUGCGUGUCUGGCUGUAUUUUAUUUUUAUUUUUUGUGUGGGGGAUGGCGAGGGGGGGGGGCAUCUCCACUCUUAAAACUGCUGGGUUCAAAAUAACCCAAAUUGGGUGAAAUAGCAAACCCAGCACUGGGUCCAAAAGGGACCGAGCCAAUGCUGGGUUAUUUGUACCCUGAGUUAUUAAAUUGAGGGUUUUCAAACACUGCAACCCACUGUGCCAUCCAACCACGAAUAAUAACCCAAACAGGUAAAAGUAACACAACGCGCUCAAAAUUCACAGCUACCCAGCAAGUGAAUUAGAAAAACAUCCCAACAUUUUUUGUUUUUUGUGUAUAGAAAAAAGGAUAGCGGCCUGGUAGUCCAGUGGUUAGCACGUCGGCUUCACAGUGCAGAGGUACCGGGUUCGAUUCCAGCUCCGGCCUCCCUGUGUGGAGUUUGCAUGUUCUCCCCGGGCCUGCGUGGGUUUUCUCCGGGUGCUCCGGUUUCCUCCCACAUUCCAAAAACAUGUGUGGCAGGCUGAUUGAACACUCUAAAUUGUCCCUAGGUGUGAGUGUGAGUGCGAAUGGUUGUUCGUUUCUGUGUGCCCUGCGAUUGGUUGGCAACCGAUUCAGGGUGUCUCCUGCCUACUGCCCGAAGACAGCUGGGAUAGGCUCCAGCACCCCCCGCGACCCUAGUUAGGAUCAAGCGGCUCGGAAGAUGAAUGACUGAAUGAAUGAAUAAAAAAGGAUAGUCUGCUCCAAUAACAAAUCUAAUGACGGGCCAAUAUUUUUGCCCAGCACUGUGUAUUUAUUGUCUGAAUGAUUUGUGCAAAUAUUCAAGCAAACGGGAGGGAAGUUGACUGUGUUACGAAUAGGUGUUGUGCAAAACCGCGUGUAAUUUGAUGACUUGAUGCUCUAUGUAUGAUAUUUAUCCGGUCACAAAGGUAUUUUUUGUAUUCAUCACAAAAUAAAAUAAAAAUCAAGCAGAA